AGGUCUUCUCAGCUCAGCAUAGUCUCGAGCCGAGUAGUAGUCGAGUUUAUCUUGUGAUACUCGCGAGAGUUGAAAUUAUAAAUCGAAGGAAAAUGGAUCUGCCCGAAACACGUGGCGUCGUGCUAUCCGGCACAGAAUUAGCCAAAGAAAUCCGCGCCGCCAUAACUCAAGAUGUAAAAGCGAUGCAAUCAAAGCUACCGAAAUUCGCACCUGGUUUAGCAAUUGUCCAAGUUGGCGGGAGGGAAGAUUCGAACGUUUACAUACGUAUGAAAAUAAAAGCUGCGAGUGAAAUCGGGAUCGAUGCGAAUCACGUUAAAUUACCAAACACAACUACAGAAACUGAAUUAAUUAAUCGUAUAAACAAACUUAACGACGAUCCAAACGUUCAUGGAAUAAUUGUUCAAAUGCCACUCGAUUCCGUAAACAAAAUCGACUCUCAUCUGAUCACCGACACAGUUUCACCCGCGAAAGACGUCGACGGAUUGAAUACAAUCAAUGAGGGUCGUGUGGCGAUCGGAGAUAUGAGUGGAUUUUUACCGUGUACUCCGAACGGUUGUAUCGAGCUAAUAAAAAAGAGCGGAGUGCCAAUAUCAGGAGCACAGGCAGUCGUUUUGGGGCGAAGUAAAAUAGUCGGAACGCCGGUAGCAGAACUGCUAAAAUGGCAGAAUGCAACGGUGACUGUUUGUCAUUCGAGGACCAAGGAUCUACCGAAAGUUGUCUCUCAGGCAGACAUUCUUGUCGUCGGCAUAGGUCAGCCAGAAAUGGUCAAAGGAUCGUGGAUAAAACCUGGCGCAGUUGUAAUCGACUGCGGCAUAAAUAGCAUACCAGAUCCCACAAAGAAGAGCGGUCAACGAUUGGUAGGAGACGUAGCUUACGCAGAGGCGUCCAAAGUUGCGUCAUACAUAACGCCGGUGCCAGGUGGUGUGGGUCCGAUGACGGUUGCAAUGCUGAUGAAAAACACUGUGAUUUCGGCGCUUCGCUCCGCAGAAAAACUGCUCAGUUCAACAUGGAGCUUUAAGGCGCUGCCGCUGAAGAGAGUCGAACCGAUACCAAACGACAUAACGAUAUCGAGGAGCCAAGAGCCAAAGAACGUUGGCGUAUUGGCGGAGGAGAUCGGUCUUAGUCCCAGCGAGUACAGCCUCUACGGCAACAAAAAGGCCAAGAUAAGCCUGCGAGUUCUGGAACGCUUGAAGGACCAGGAGAAUGGAAAGUACGUAGUGGUCGCCGGUAUAACUCCGACUCCGCUGGGCGAGGGCAAGAGUACGACGACUCUCGGUCUCGUCCAGGCUCUGUCGGCGCACAAGGGAAGAAACUCGUUCGCUACGCUUCGUCAGCCCAGCCAGGGUCCGACAUUUGGAGUAAAAGGAGGAGCCGCGGGUGGAGGAUACUCGCAGGUGAUACCGAUGGAGGAAUUCAAUCUCCACUUAACAGGGGAUAUCCAUGCGGUCGGAGCGGCGAAUAAUCUUUUGGCGGCACAGAUAGAUGCCAGAUAUUUCCACGAGAGUACGCAAUCGGAUAAAGCGCUCUUCGACAGGCUCGUACCGACCGUUAAAGGAGAGAGAAAGUUCUCAAAGAUUCAACUCCGCAGGCUUGAAAAAAUUGGGAUCAAGAAGACUGAUCCUAACUCGUUGACCGAGGAGGAACAACGGCGAUUCGCAAGGCUGGAUAUCGAUCCUGAAAAUAUCACUUGGACCAGAGUCGUCGAUCUGAACGAUCGAUUCCUCCGCAAGAUAACGAUAGGUCAGAGUCCCACCGAGAAGGGAAAAAGCAGAGAGACGUCCUUCUGCAUAUCGGUUGGCUCGGAAAUAAUGGCUAUUCUAGCGCUUUCGACCAACGUCGAGGACAUGAAGAAUCGUCUGGCGAACAUCGUGGUUGGUUUCAGCAAGAGCGGAGAGCCUCUCACCGCCGAUGACUUUGGAGCCACUGGUGCAAUGGCUGUCCUGCUGAAGGAUGCCAUCGAGCCGACGUUGAUGCAGUCGAUAGAAGGAACGCCGGUGCUGGUGCACGCUGGACCGUUUGCAAAUAUAGCGCAUGGUUGUUCGUCGAUAAUAGCAGACGCAAUUGGACUGAAAUUAGUCGGGUCGAACGGAUUUGUAGUGACGGAGGCUGGUUUCGGCUCAGACAUUGGGAUGGAGAAAUUCUUUGACAUAAAGUGUCGCACUUCGGGACACGUUCCUAACGCUGUUGUACUAGUGACGACUGUCAGGGCUCUAAAAAUGCACGGAGGAGGUCCUGCGGUCACUCCAGGAGCGCCGUUGAAGCCCCAAUACGUUACGGAGAACUUGGAGCUAAUCAAAAAGGGUUUGCCGAAUCUCAUAAAGCACAUCAGCAAUGGAACUAAGUUUGGAGUUCCUGUUGUAGUGGCGAUCAAUAGUCACGCGACCGACACGGAAGCAGAAUUGAAUUUGAUCAAGGAAGCCGCUUUGGCUACAGGUGCAUCGGAUGCAGUGAUUUGCACUCACUGGGCGAAAGGAGGAGAAGGCGCGGUAGAAUUAGCCGACGCAGUUAUUGCUGCCACUAAAAAGCCGAGUGACUUCAAGCUACUGUACGAUCUUAACACUGGAAUCGAAGCGAAGAUAAAUAUCAUUGCGAAAGAAAUGUACGGCGCUGGUCAAGUCGUUCUAGUCGAUAAGGUGAAGCAGAAAAUUGAAGAGUACACUAAACUUGGCUACGACAAGCUGCCUUUAUGCAUGGCUAAGACUUCGAAUUCUCUUACCGGCGACGCUGCGAUAAAGGGAGCUCCGACUGGAUUCACCCUGGAGAUAACGGACAUAUUUGUAUCGGUCGGUGCAGGAUUUGUCGUCCCUAUGGUGGGCGAGAUUAUGAGGAUGCCCGGUUUACCGACUAGACCCAGCAUCUAUGACAUGGAUUGGAACGGCGAAACGGACGAGAUAGAAGGAUUGUUUUAGUCGCUAAGCAUUACUCAAACACAACGUGAUAUGUUAAGCCAUUCCUUGUUUUUCUUCUCGCUUUUCUUCUUUACACAUUCACGUAGUUAGAACUUGAAUGCAAUUUAGCAUGGAUAUUCAAUAUAUAUCGCAGAGACGAUGCAUUAUUCGAUUUCUACAUCAUAAUUAUCUCAUGCUCAUUAUUUUUUCUAUAUAUAUAUAUGUUAUGUUUAUAUUACUCUAGAUGUGAGUUAAGUGCUCAUUUGUUGAUGUUUAUUAAACACUUUUCGCAUUAUAUUUCUUGUUCAUUUCAAUCGACCCGGGAAAUUAUUGUCAUCAAUGAAAUGACUGUAUUUCCUCGUAAUAUCGAUGGAAAAUAUUUG